UUUCCCUUUAACUAUAACUAUGGUCUUCAAAAAGUAUUGAAUCUGGUCAAAUUUGAUAGAUUUUGUCAUAACCCCUCGGAUAAGGGCACUUAUUACGCUCCCUCUCCUAUAAAAAUACUCUUAUGACGAUCUUUGAAGAGCUAGAAGUACCUGUGCCAAAUUUGGUGGCAAUCCGUUCAGUAGUUCCGGAGUUAUGCCGUUGCAAACAUACAAACUUACAUCACUCUUUACAUAUAAAGAUUAAGUGCAUCGCUUGACGCCAUCGCUGCAGCAAUAUGCAACGCUUCGCGUAUUGUCCACCGCGCAUAAAACAGCCGUCGCAGUAGGCGUCAUUACGAAAGCAGAUAAAUAUUUGCUCAUUGUUUGUUUGAAUUGGAAAACGUCAAGAUGCAUAAUCGUUUGCUGUCAGCGUUGGUACCGCUAGUGAUCGUGGCCAGUGUUUUCGCGACGUUUACUGCUUCCGUAGGACCGGAAGCGGUUUCUAGCGACUCGGCGUGUGUGUUCCAGACCGAAUCCGACACGCAAUUGAUGUGUUCAGACAGUCAAGUUUUUCUUGUGGCUGCUCAAUGUUUAGUGACCGAUUGGAGGAAUGGAUUUAGUUUAUUCGGAUGUGGAAUUUUUGUAAAGAAUUUGAUGUAAACGGCGCCGGAAACUGAUUUAAAGAAGAUUCAAGACUAUAGUUAGGAUGAUGGAUCUGGUAACCUGAAAGGCCACUUUUUCUUCGAGAUCCAAGAGGAGAAACUCCUAAUCAGAUUCCGUUUUUGGAGAGAAUACGUCGAUUCCUGAAGAUACCGAAUUAUACAAAUGUGCAUGAGUACAUGACAAACGUGAAGUGUUGGAGUGUAGUUGGAGUGCAGCUGGGUCCGUUCAUGAGCUUUUUCGAACUGAGGUUUGAAAUUGAAUUCAUGUUUUGCUUUGAUGAUUCAUUAUGCGGAAGAGAAUUCUCAAACACAAUCAUUAGCAGGAAUUCGAUUCAUUUAGCCAAAGCGAAAAACGGCCAUACUGUUAUGCCAUGGAAGGAGUCGAAGCUUACCGAAUAUGUUGAAGUUGAAAAUAUACCAUUUCUAGCAAGAGAAUCUGAUGAAGUGCUUUCAAGUAGUCCAUAUGAAGGAGAAGGAAUAUUGAAAGAUUCAGUGAAGAUGCCAGUUCUACCACCGGAGAAACUGUUCGCGAACAUAACGACAAAUUCGUCCCAUCGUUUACUAGACGCAGUUUUUCAAUCGCCACCAAAAUCGAUAACCCCAAAGCAAUAUGCUUUCAACCACACAUUUAUUACAUUACCAAUUUACUUGUUUAUAAUUUAUUUUAAUUUUUUAUUUUUCAGUUAUCUAGUUGUUAUUUUAAAUAAGAAACCGUUGUUGCCAUCGCCGUGUGAUUUAAACAUUUCUACUAUUUCUUCGGAUCCAGAAAAGCCAGUUACUCAACUUGUCAAGGCAUUAACACUCGAAGAUUCAAACCAAUGUAGUAUCGACAAAUUCGAGGACGCACUUGACGUUAUUCCGGAAAAUUGGAUAUUCCCCGUUCCAAAACGAGCUUUGCCAACAAUUGUGGAAGUUGGAGCUGCUGCAGAACUAUCACGCAAAGAUGAAGAAAACAUUGACGCAACUUUAAUAACUGUGACUUCUUCCGUUCUAGAACCUGUGAUUUCAGUGAGACAGUCCACUCCGUUUAUAUUUGCAGAAUUACAUCAAGAAUUGGAUAGGAUUCUACGGGAUUUACCAAUCAUUGAAGCAAUGAAGUUCGGCAUCAACAUUUUGGAACGAGGGAAUGCAAUUAUAGAAAAAAAUCGAAGCCAGCAAGCGUAA